GGUAGGUAUAUGAACUAAGGGUAAUUUAAAAUAAAUUUCACAUUACGUUGUAAAUUAUUUAAGUAAACAAUGGGUACCCUAAAAUUCCAACUACAAUUUGCUGGUGGUGCAGAGUUGCUAUUCGACAAAAUCAAGAAAAGAGAGAUUGAGUUGCCAGCGCUAAAAAAGUAUUUCCCGGAUUGCCAGAAUGAAAAAUGGAGGAUACGAGACCUGUUGGUUUGGUUAAAAGAUAAUUUGUUGAAGGAGCGUCCUGAGUUAUUUCUUCAGGCUGACUCGGUACGACCUGGUAUUCUUGUUCUAAUAAAUGAUGCUGACUGGGAGUUAUUUGGUGAACUCGAUUAUGAACUACAGGAAAAUGAUGUUAUAAUGUUCAUUUCUACUUUACAUGGCGGUUGAAUAAAUUAUUUUUAUUUUA